AUGCGCUCUGACUUGACGCUAUGUCCAGCGCUAUCUAUUAUUGCCAGUGCUCUCUGCAGUCUUUUCAUCUACCACUUACAAGCUAAGGAGUUUCUCUCAGAAAAUGUUUUCAACAGCUCAUUAACGAAGCUAAUUAUCGUCAGGAUAUUAGCCAAAAGAGAAUUCUAUGUACAUAUAAUAACCAUGCGAGGGAAGGCAAAUGAUUGCUCCAUGUCGAUGGCGCAAAACAGAUGCAAAAAACAUUGGAAGGAUGUGAAGGCAGGUCAGUCCUAUGCAAACUUUCUCAAGUAUCCGUCGCUCGAAAGUUUCGAAGCCAUUUGCAAGUAG